AUGACGUACGAUUCGCAGAUUGCCUUCACUUUGGACACCAUCUGUCCAUGGACAUACCUUGCAAAGAAGAGAUUGGAUGAAGCGCUCCGUCGAUUUCGCCAGAGUGAUCAAGGCAAAGAAGUAAAUUUCACCGUCAAAUAUUAUCCAUACCAGCUCUAUCCCGAGGCUACCAAAGAAGGUGAGGACAAGUAUGAGUGGUAUAAGAAGUCCCGAUAUGGCAAUUCCGAAGAGAAGAUGAAGAUGUACAUGGCCUUGAUGACAGCCUACGGACAAACCGCUGGUAUCGAUUUUAAAUUCGGUGGUACGGUCGGGAAUACAAUGGAUGCACAUCGAGUGGUCCAGCAUUUCCAAGAGGAAAAAGGUCCGGAGGUAGCGGACAAAAUCAUCCAAUCUUUAUACGCGCAGUAUUUCCAACAAGAGAAACAUCCGUCAACGGAUGAGACAUUAUUGAAAGCCACGACUGAAGCAGGGAUUCCAGAAGACGAGGCUAGAGCCUUCAUUGAGGAUAAGAAUGACGGUCUCAUUGACGUCAAGAACCUGGUUCGCGAACAGACCGGAAACGGUGUUGAUAGUGUGCCGACCAUUAUUUUUGAAGGCAAGAGAAGGGACAUAACCCUGGUAGGUGCGAAGGAAGUCGAGGAAUAUGAGAAGACUCUCGCUGCUAUAGUCAAGGAAAGUAAGUAG